GAGUCGAGAGGAGGGUAACGCCAGCCAGUUAGCAUAGCUUCUAGCAAUGGCUUUUCAUAACAACACUUUUGCUCCGCGCUGCUGUCAUCUGGACACAACCCACGAGUCUUCUCGCACAUGAGGAACUAACAGCCUACGAGCGAACCAGCGUACACUUACAUUGCGACGCAUCGCGCUUCGUGAGCCGCUAUGCGAUGGGGACAGACAGCUGUGGAUUUUUACACGCAUCUUUGCAGGCGGCUACUGCUGAAGCAGAGGAUGCUACUAGGCUAGCUAGCUAAGGCCUUUGCAUUCAACGGAAACGCUUUAAUACUGCACCAGACAGCAACCUGGAUUCAAAAUAGAAGCGAUAUUUGCACUUAAACCGGAGCUUUGAGCGAUACACCAGCUCCUGCGGUAAAUCAGUUCUCCAGCUAACGUUGCCCGUGCGCUUUUGUUUGUUGAUACUGAUAGCCGCUGGCUAGAUUAAGACCGAACAGCCGACCCCACCACUGCCUUCACUUGUUAGACUUUAGUUUAUUUUUUAACACGACACAAAGGCAUCAAACACACCGAGUCGGAACGGAGAAAUUCGUGCACUGUUGACGGGUCGCGUGUUGAUGCUGCACGUUAGCGGCGUGAAUGUGGGACAAAAUGGAGACCCCAAAGAUUCUGUACGAUUUGGACACGUCUGGGGGCCUAAUGGAGCAAAUUCAACAGCUCCUCGCUCCUCCGCGCUCUGAGGAUGGAGAGAAAAGACGGAAAGCGGAGAGGGAGACCCGGAGAGGAGGUCGAGCCACAAACCACGACACCUGCGAUAGCUGUCGCGAAGGAGGAGAUCUCCUUUGCUGCGAUCACUGUCCGGCUGCUUUUCAUCUGCAGUGCUGCGAUCCGCCAUUGAGCAGAGAAAUGCUGCCCCCUGGUGAAUGGAUGUGUCAUCGCUGCAGUGUCCGCAAGAAGAAGCGUGAGCAGAAGGCGGAGCAAGUGAAUGGGACGUUAGAGCGGCAACUCUCCAAACGCUCCUCCUCCCCUGCACCAGAGUUGGAGCUGGGCACGCUGCGUCUGGAUGGCCUUCCUUCUGCCACGUCAGGAGGUCUGAGGCUGGCAGUUGCGCAGGUUCGUCUUCUGGAACGCCGCGCGAGCAGCCGUCCAGGAACACCCACCUCAAACGCCUCCACCGACACGCCCACGCCAUCAGAACACAAUGAUGUGGAUGAGGACCUAAUGGAUGUCGAAGAGGAGGUGCAGGGCUCCGAGCCCGAGAGCGCCACGCCUCACCUGAAGAAACCUUUCCAGCUUUUGAUUGCUGCGGCCAUGGAGAGAAAUCCCACGCAGUUCCAACUUCCCAGCGAACUCACCUGUACCACUUCACUGCCAGGCAGCAGUAAGCGCAGGAGGAAGGAGGAGGCGAUAGGCAAGAAUGUCAAGAGGCCACAACACGAACUGGAUCCCAGUGGGCUGGUCCCUCUGCCAGUUAAAGUGUGCUUCACCUGUGGCAAGAGCUGUAGGGUAGCCCCUCUGAUCCAGUGUGAUUACUGCAUGCUCCUGUUCCACAUGGACUGCCUGGACCCCCCUCUCACUGCCAUGCCCACUGGUAGAUGGAUGUGUCCCAACCACGUAGAACACAUGGUGCUAAACCAAAAGAACAUGACCCUCAGCACUCGUUGCCAGCUUUUUGAUCAAUUUCAAGACCGACUAUCCCAACACGCUGUAAAAGUGGACUUCCUGCGGUGGGUUCACCGGCAAAACCAUCCCAACCGCAGAGGUGCUCGCCAUGUCAAGAAGAAGAAGCUGAAGGUCCCCAAUGCCAUUAAAAGUCACUAUCAAAACCCCCCUAUGCUGAUGGACCAAGUAAGCCUUCGAAAUGGAGAGCUGCUCCCAAAUGGCUUCAUGGUGCAAGGACAGUGUUCACCUACCCAGCAAUUAACUAGUCAAGAAGAACAAGAGGAGUGGCUCCGUCAUGUCAUUGCACUUCAGUGCAGUAUUGUCAAACAUUUGUCUGCUAAGCAGAUAUCGCCGUCAUCAUCCCUCCGGGACUCGGAGCAAAUAGAUACAGUGGAUGUAAAGACACAGGAGUGUAUGGAGACACAGGAGCUCAGCUCUCAGAAUGCUGCACUACCCGCUAGCAGCCUCCAGCCCAGCGGAACACAGGAUGGCCCCCAAGGGGCCCCUUUGCUGCCCUCUCAGACACCUGAAAGCUGUCGCGGUGAUGCUGGCGGUCCUGUGGAAAAGGCUCUUGGAGUGAAUGGGCCAGUGGUGUGUGAGGAUAAAUCCUGCAUGACGCUUGAAACCAAAACACAACACGAGCCUAAGGAUCCCUCUAGAUUACAAACUCUAACGCUGUCAAAAACAGCCCUGCCCAACCACGUAGACAUUAAAACUGAGAGUAAUAGUCCAAAUAGCUCCUGUAUGCAGAAAGAUACAACCGCCAGCCUCGCUUCAGAUUUAAACAGGCUUCAUCAUGAAUCGGCUACAGGGAAUUCUUCAGGGCCAAACAGUAGCUUGACAUCUCAAACUAAAGAAAUCAAAGUGAGCCCCGAUGGGAUGUCUGCUGGAAAAGGCUCAGCGCAGCCCACUUCUAUAGGCAGCUUAUAUAACUACAUCAAGAAUGUGGUUCAAGGGGAUGGAGAAGUGGAGAUGAAUAAGCUGGAUGGGGAAUUGAUCAGACUCCUUGCCUGGCAGAGGAUCCAGCAGCUCUAUUCCCCCAAAUCGCUUCAUCCUACCAGUAAAUGUGGGAUCCCUCCUUCCGUCACCGUCGCUCUGUCCAAACCCUCCUCUCACACAGACAUACAGAAAAGGGAAGUGCAAGCUCGAGCAGUACUGUGUCCUUUAACAGGGAAGGGGGCAGCUGUCAACAUGUGCUAUAGAACUCUUUACAUAGGAACAGGUGCUGAAAUGGAUGUGUGCCUUACAAACUAUGGUCAUUGCAAUUAUGUUUCUGGGAAACAUGCCUGCAUCUUUUAUGAUGAAAACACAAAGCAUUAUGAGCUUCUCAACUACAGCGAGCACGGGACGACCGUGGAUAACGUGCUGUACUCGUGCGACUUCUCCAACAAACCGAACGUCUCUUCACCCAGCAUGGUUGCGUCCAAAAUACGAAACAGCAUUAAAGGAAAUAGGUCAAGGAAGCCACUGGGGGAGGUGUGCACCGAAGUGGUGAAGGUGAUACCUGCAGGCGGUACGAUGAGCUGCCAGGCUCAAGGAGGUCUCAAGUCUCCCUGUAACUGCAAAGCCAGCAGCUCCAGUCUGAUAGGGGGCAGCGGAGCGGGAUGGGAGGGAACAGCGUUGCUCCACCACAGCAGCUGCAUCAAAGUGGGCUGCAUGCAGUUUCUGUUCACCAUCACAGAAUUUGCUAGCAACCCGCCAAAAAAGGAAGAGACGGUCACCGCUAUCCAAGGAGGGACAGUAGUGGUUGACACACAGACAACGAAACUCCACCAAAUGCCAGUGCUGCAGUCCAAGUCUUUAUCAUAACCCCUCUUUUGCUUCUUAAAACCAAUGGACAAUAAAGUUGAACUGGAGGGGAAAGAACUUUAAGUUGGUACUGAGGUAUUUUGGUGUCCUGGUGUUACGGACAGUGUUUGCACAUUCACAUUUCUACCAUUUUUUUAUGCAAUGACUGAGGAGCAGAUGUUUGAACUUGGGAACUCAACGGCACUGCACUCCGUAAACUUUUGUGUUCGUACAAGUUUUUAUGUACUCUUUUGAACAGUGUAUUUACUCAGAAUAUUUUAUUUUGUUAUAAGAAUGUAUUGUUGUUUUUUCUGCAGUUUUUGCACCUUAGGCAACUAUAUGCAGAGAUGCAUACACGUACAAAUACCUUUGUAGGAUUUACUAACCGGAUCAUCGAUCGUUCUAGUUUUCUUCUGAAACCCUCCGUUUCUCUGUAGUCAUAGAGCCCCCGUGACCUUAGUUGUGAAGUUCAUUGUAUAAAGACAGCUGUCCAACUCUAAAAAUUCGGGUCAUGUACACGAGACUGAAGUUCUAUUGAGUCAGCAAGAUAAAGUCUGACAUGUAUGUCAUUACAUUGUAAAUAUAUAAAGAUUUUUAAAUAAGA